AUGGAGGAACAGACCAUCCAAACCGCCCAUACCGUUUUCACCUCACAGUUAUCUUAUACCUUUGAGGAUUGGAACGAUUGCGUGCAGUUUCAAGAACUCAUACUCGCGGCCAAGCUCGUUUUCAUUGCCGGAAUUGCCGAAGCCAAAUCCAAAGGUCGUGGAGAAGAAUGCAUCAGCCAGAAUCUACGCAUUUUACGCGGCUAUAACGGCAAACAAGUGAUUCUGUUCUUUGCCAAUUCACAGCGAAAAGAGCUAAAGCGCUAUGUCUCGCUUCCUGUGAAUUGCAUCGAAAGUGUCCAACCGCCGAAAAAGGCCGGGCGGCCGGUUGUGCUACAGCUUCUACCAAAUUUUGACCACCUCUCCCAAAUGAGAAGUCUCCAGAUCCAUUUCUUAGACCACGGAGAUGGUUUGUCCUUCUGUCAAUUUCUGGCAGACCACGCUAAAUAG